AUGUUUAUCACACCAACUAGCCUCUCAACAUCUUUAACCAUUAUUGUAGUGUUGAAAGAACUGUUGAUGAUGGCAGUGAUGGUGCUAUCCUUAAACUGUGUGACAUUAUUUGUUUUGGUGAUAUUCUUGACUGAUACAGUGGUAACUUCCAUAGAACAGACUGAACAGAAAACUGCAGGCUUCAGUACAGAUUUUCAUCGGGAGAGGAGAAGCUAUGAGACCCGCAGGAACAAAAACCAUUCGGCGGGAAAUUUCCUGAAAACGCUGCCUGCCGGUCAUGGUGCGAUUUUCCUGACUGAAAACUCCACCACAAUCGUCGCACAAAUAGGAGGGACAGCUAAACUCCCGUGUGUAGUGAGAAAAUUCAAUAAUGGAGUGGUGUCUUGGAUCAGGAAAAAAGACUCUCCUCCCACCAUCCUCACGGUCGGUGUAGGAACCUACAUUGCUGACGAAAGGUUCCUUGUGGAACAUGCUAGGCACCUGCAAAACUGGGGCUUGGUCAUCAAGCACGUCAAACCUGAAGAUGCUGGGCUAUACGAAUGCCAAGUGUCCAGUCAUCCAACUACUAGUAUUUUUUUACAACUGACUGUUACUGAGGCUGUAGCUGAGAUCCUAGGUGCCCCUGACAUCCACAUACGGGCCGGUUCGUUCCUGCGUCUGGUCUGCACCCUGAGGCACUCCACAGAGCCUCCUUCGUACGUCUUCUGGUACCACGAGGAGCGCAUGAUCAACCACGAUCCGGGAAUCAGCGUGGCUGCAGAUAGAUCUUCCAGCGUCCUGCAGCUGGAUGAGGCUGACACGAGCCACAACGGCAACUACACGUGCUACCCCUCGAAUGCCAUACCGGCGUACGUGAAUGUGCAUGUCCUGAAUGCCACAGAAGAGGAAAACCCAGCAGCGAUGCUUCACGCCAACAGCAGUGACAUAUCCACAGCCCUCUUCAUCAGUAUCCUUCUGGCGUUAUUUCUGAACGCUUUGAUGGCUUUUGACAGAUGA